GGUCGUUCCUGCCACCAUAACCUCCAUUCUGUUGGCUUCAGUCGAUGGUUACUUCCACAGAUUCGCUUAUAUCUUCAAUACCGUACUUCAGUCCGGAUCUUCAAGCUCAUCGUACAAUCAUCGUGUGCCGUUGAUCCGCCAUUAUCAUAUCCCACUCUUUGCACAAUCUUAUCACGCUUUCUCCAGAUCACUGGCAGCGUGCUGAAACUAUCAUUCCUUAUCAAGAAUAUCGGUGACUGGCUAAUAUCUCUCGCCAUGGGUCUGCUUGCAGCCCCUGCGCUAUAUUCACCGAAUGCAUACACUCUGACAGUCCAAACAGCACUCCACGAUCAUGAUGUCGCCGUUGAUGCUCUCCACACUACCAAUUAUCAUCUUGAAAACAAGAUGGCCAAGCUGCGCAUCAACACGGGCACCCUCCGCGAUGAGAUCUCGACUCUACGGACGCAUCUACUAUGCUUUCAGCAUGACCGCCUGAUAACGUGGCAGGCGGAUAUCCUUACAAGACUCAUUGAAGUCGUCUACGAACGGUUGGGGAGGACUAUACCGUGGAGAGAGGAGACUGAUAUAGAGCUCGCCUCCAGAGCGUAUCUCAUCGCUGCAAGAAGGAUCGACAAGGCGACGUUGAGAACGAAAUUAGGCCUCCAUACACGAUACUGGGAAGCACUAGGGAAAUAUCCGCAGGUGGUUGACUUUCGAAGCGCUGACCCACGCAGAACCGAAAAGGCAUUCGCAGAAUGGCUAGUAUCGGAAAAGGAGAACAAGCCUCGGAUGUAUGAGUUCUGGGCAAAGUUAUUCCUCGUCUGCUAUGAGAGAGGUGUUGAUGAGAUUGCGCAGGAAGGGUAGUCGUGGGUCGGAGGCUGAACUGAUAUGCUUUGAUACAUCCCUGGGGUAAGGGAUAAUCUGCAUUGUACAGGUUUCUGAUUUUGAGGUUAGGUGCACAUACAUGCUUUGAGGUGGUUAUUAGUCUAGUCGAG